CAUCAGCAGUGCCACGUCAGACACAGUGCCACGUAAGCAGUGUCACGUCAGCAACAUGACGGGCCUGCAAGGCCAACUGGCCAAUGAGCCCAUUGCCGACUACAAAAAGCGCGUCCAUGCUCAGCUCGCUGCAAUCGAGGCUGAGGAACAACGCCAGCUGGCAGUCAAGGCUGCCCAGCUACAGGCUGAUGAAGCGGCAACAGCAGAGAAGCUGCGGCUACAGGCCAAAGCAGACGCAGAUGCCCAGGCUCGCCGCAAGGAAGCCCAGGCUCUGCUGCAGCGGCAUGAAGCCAACAGCAUCGAGAAACUCGAGUACUGGCACUUUGGACCGAACGGCGACGAGCCAACAUCGGAAGAACAGCAUAAGGAACUCAUGGCCAAGCUUGUGAGCAGGUUGGUUUACACAUGUAACCACCUACACUCCGAGCUGGCAAACCUCCAGCGGGCCGUGCGGAAUCACAAGACUCAGCACGAGGAUGCCACACGCGCACUGGACGCCCGUGUACUGGGCCUGGAACAGGCUGUGCCAGGACCAGAUGCUGGAGCUUCCAGCAGUGCAUCCUCUAGCCGCCAACUGGAAGAACGCGUUGACCACGUAGUGGCAAUGCUAGGAGACAUAAGUGCCUUCACAGAGCCGGCCACCAUCAGCCAGCAGUUCGAGUUGCUGGACACUAAGAUCAGUCAGCAACAGCAGACUGACCACAGCCACAACAACAGCUCGGCGAGGCCAUACAAGACGCCGACGUUCCGGAUCGAGAAAUUUGAUGACUACACACAUCAAGACCCGGUCGUCUGGUGGCAAGGAUUUACGAUGGAGUUGGGGAUUCACGAAGUCCCUGACCAUCUGUUCAUCAGUGCUCUGUUCAUCAACACCAAGGGAGGUUGUCAGAUCUGGCUCAGCCACAUGGCAACCAUCCACAACGUCCAGGUUUCAGACCUGUACAAGAAGGUCUCCUGGGAGGACAUGACAAAGGAAUGGAAGAAGCGGUUCAUCGUCGACGACGCCCCGGCACUCGCCGUCAACCGCAUCUUCACGAUGGCUCAAGGGAGCACACCGACAUGUGACUGGCUCACGGAUUGGCAGAAAAUCGUGGCGACGCCCGAUUUGGACUUGUCAUUUCCGCAUCUGCGGCGUGAGUUCUACAACAGGUCAUGCGCCGCUCUCAGCCUCGCACUUGGUGAUCGCGAGCAGUAUAACACUUUCGCAGAGAUCAUCAACAAGGCGAGAGAGUUCAUCAGAACUAACAGGCCGGCUGCAUACGAGAAGUCCACGUGGAAAUGGACAGCCAGUACAAGUUCCAUGGGUCAAGUUUGGCUUGACCGAGGCGGAGUACAAGGUCCGCGGCCGCUACGGCAGCUGCUAUUGGUGCAACAGCACCAAGCACAAGACCUCCCUGUGCCAAGAUCAGGGCAAGGAGGAUGUGCGACCCCGCCUCAGCUCGGGAAACUGAGCUCCGCGGAAGGUGAGGCGACUCCACCUUCUACUCCGCCAGAUUCGGCCGCCUUGCUAGCUCCCUCCUGCACAUCUGGGGAGAACGCGAAUGUCGCAAGUCCUCGAUACACUUAUGAGGACUAUGCUGUCCACUUGGUUCCACCGCUGGACCAACCGCUCCACGUGCAACAAUCCAUCGCAUGCACGGUUUCAUCACCAUCGGCAACCGAUUCGGCACCUUCGCCGCAAUCUAUCGUCGGGGAUUCGACGUCAUGGUCAAGACUUGAAGAGCUCGACCCAUUGACGUUCACGGACUUCCAGUGGAUGCCCGUCCCCUCGACCGGACGAUUGCUGAAACCGCAUUGCAAUGUGCUCAUGGCACAACUGCGAGAUUACUUGCACACUGCAGUACCAGCUCCAUUGAUGGACGCCGGAGCAGAGGUUGUCGACCUUCACGCUUACAUCGCGAACAUCGACCGCGAGUUCAAGACGCAACGGACUUCAUGGUGUGCGCCGGCCUUGGCCCACGCGUCCGGAGGAAGUCCCAGCCUACGCAAGUCGCGUUGGCGGACGGUCACACGCACAAGUCAAUNCGGGGAUUCGACGUCAUGGUCAAGACUUGAAGAGCUCGACCCAUUGACGUUCACGGACUUCCAGUGGAUGCCCGUCCCCUCGACCGGACGAUUGCCGAAACCGCAUUGCAAUGUGCUCAUGGCACAACUGCGAGAUUACUUGCACACUGCAGUACCAGCUCCGUUGAUGGACGCCGGAGCAGAGGUUGUCGACCUUCACGCUUACAUCGCGAAGAUCGACCGCGAGUUCAAGACGCAACGGUACGACGACAUUGACGCACCAUUGCUCUACGUACGCAUUCAGAUCGGAGAGGCGACCUGCAAUGCCUUGAUCGAUUGCGGAGCAUCUCGCAACUACAUCAGCCAGGACUUCAUGGUGCGCGCCGGCCUUGGCCCACGCGUCCGGAGGAAGUCCCAGCCUACGCAAGUCACGUUGGCGGACGGUCACACGCACAAGUUAAUCGACCUGUGCAUUGACAACGUCCCAGUGUACUUUGCCCCUCACGCAAGUGAGGCGGUGUCCUUUGACAUUUUGGACGCCAAAUUUGACAUGAUCUUGGGCAUGUCAUGGCUGCGAAGCGAGGAUCACCCGGUGAACUUCUUCCACCGCACCAUUCACAUUCGUGAUCGGAACGGGGUACUAGUCCCAUGCACGGUGCCUCUUCCUCAUCCUUCGAUCAGCUGCCACGUGGUAUCCGCCGCAAGCAUGCGAGCUUCMAUCAUCAGAGACGACAUCGAGGAGAUGGGGGUGUGUUUUCUCCACGCCCUCCCGCCACAUGACGCUUCAUCAACGGACUCACCUUCGGAUCCACGCAUCACCGAACUUCUCGACGCCUACAGCGACGUGUUUGAAGGCCCGCACGGAGUAGUACCGGAUCGACCCAUCCGCCACGAGAUCAUCCUCGAGGACGGGGCCUUACCUCCGCGCGGUUGCAUCUACCGAAUGAGCGAGGAAGAGUUAAGUGUGCUUCGGGCACAACUCGACGACCUUCUGGAGAAAGGCUGGAUUCGGCCUAGCUCAUCGCCAUACGGUGCUCCUGUUCUCUUCAUCCGGAAGAAAAACAAGGACCUACGGUUGUACCACCAACUCGAGAUUCGCAAGGAGGAUCGCUACAAGACCGCGUUCAAGACACSGUAUGGGCAUUUCGAAUGGCUGGUCAUGCCAUUUGGCCUUACGAAUGCCCCAGCCACUUUCCAAGCGGCUAUGACAACGGAGUUCCGACACAUGCUGGAUCGGUUUGUACUCAUCUACCUCGACGACAUCUUGGUGUAUAGUCGGAGUUUGGACAAUCAUGUGGAACACCUGCGCACCGUUUUGGAGCGGCUACGACAAGCCAAGUACAAAGCAAACCGCGACAAGUGCGAGUUCGCACAGCACGAGCUGGAGUACUUGGUACACUAUGUGACGCCGCAAGGCAUCCGUCCGCUUGCGGACAAGAUCGAGGCCCUACGAGUAUGGCCCGAGCCCACCAACACCACGGACGUUCGUUCAUUCAUGGGGUUGGCGGGCUACUAUCAGCGAUUCAUCACCGGAUACUCCAGGAUUGUUGCACCUAUGACGAGGUUACAGUCGCCAAAGGUGCCAUUCGUAUUCGAUGACGACRCACGCYGGUCAUUCCAAGCACUUAAGACGGCUAUGCUCAUGGCAACCAUCCUUAGCAUCUAUGACCCCACCCUGCCGACACGAGUGACUACGAACGCUUCCGGCUAUGGCAUUGGGGCAGUCUUGGAACAGCACGACGGCGACAACUGGCACCCUGUGGAGUAUUUCAGCCACAAAGUGUCUCCCAUCAACUCGCUUGAUGAUGCAAGAAAGAAGGAGUUGCUCGCAUUCGUGAUGGCUCUCAAGCGCUGGCGGCACUUCCUCCUUGGGCGUCGUAGGUUCACAUGGGUCACAGACAACAAUCCAUUGACCUACUAUAAGACGCAGGACACGCUAUCUUCGGAUCACCCGCCGGCCAACCAUUACCGCAUUGUCGACGGGUACUUGUUGCUCCACUCGAGAGGCAAGGACUUACUAUGUGUCCCACGCGACCGUCGUCUUCGGACUCGCCUCCUCGGCGAGUAUCAUGAUUCACGACUCGCCGGCCAUUUCGGAGUCAACCGCACUAUUGCACGGCUUCGACAGCGAUUCCGAUGGCCCGACCUCAUUACCGAUGUCACUCGGUAUUGCGACUCUUGCAAAGUUUGCCGACGCAGCAAGCCCCGCAACCGCAAUCCCUACGGCGAGUUACACCCGAUGCCUAUCCCACGGGAACCCGGUCUCUCCAUUGCCAUGCACGUCACCGGUCCGUUUCCUCGCGACCGGCUCGGGCACGACGGCAUCCUCACGGUUGUGGACCGAUUGAGUAAGUACGCGUGUUUUCUCCCUUGCAAGUACUACUCCACGGCUCCCGAGCUGGCACGCCUCCUGCACACUGGUUGGAUUUGUGGCCACGAUGUACCAGAAGACAUUGUCAGCGACCGCGACACUCGUUUCAUAUCGGCGUUUUGGACUGCUCUCAUGCAGGAGUCCGGCACAACAAUGAAACCAAGUUCGGCUCGACAUCCUCAGACAAACGGGCAGACGGAGUGGGCACAUCAAACCGCUCAAAUGAUGCUUCGUACACUCAUCCGUCCGGACCAGAAAGAUUGGGUUGACCGCCUCCCCGACAUCGAGUUCGCCUACAACACUUCGGUGCAUCCGACGAUCGGCGUGACUCCAUUCGAGUUGCACCACGGUGGACGGAAAGGCCGGAUCUUCGCCGACCUUCUCCUCCCUCGACCAGCCGACAUUGACGCUGCCUGCUCUCCAGCUUCCAUCCGGAAGUACAGGGAAUUGCUGACUCAAGCCCGCGCAAAUAUGCAAAAGGCUCAAGUCCGCAUGCAGCAGCAAGCCAACAGGCGUCGCGUACCAUGUCCCAUCCGCGCCGGUGAUCUGGUUUGGGUCUCCGCGGAAGAGUUUGCACUGGAACAGGAUGUUUCACGCAAACUGCUUCCCAAGUGGUUUGGACGUUGGUCUGUGACAGCAGCCGCGGGCGAUGAGCCCGAUGGCCCUUCAUUUGUGAUCAACAUUCCAGAGCAUCUGACGGUCCAUCCGGUCUUCCACGCCUCGAAGCUGGCAACAUACACGCCAGCCAAGAGCGACGACUUUCCGGACCGACGAUUGCAGGACCCUCCUUCUCUGGAUGGCCAUCAGGAAGUUGACCGCACCAUCUCCGAUCGCAAGUAUGGCAGCAAGCCGCGGCAGUACAAAGUCACAUUCAAAGCAUGCGAUCGCGACGACACUCGGUGGAUUUCAGGCGCAGAUUUGAAAGCAUCCGCACCGCUGAUCUACGCGCAU